AGCCUCAAGGGCGUCGCAUAAACACAGACAGAAUCGACAUCAUGUUGGAAAUUCGCCACGGACGUGCCAGUCUUUGCACAAUGUUUGCCGCGUCCAACACUGACGUCAAUCAUCUCGCUUGCGCUGCGCCAAAGAAUUACAGCACCGACUUCUCUGUUCAACCAUCUCUGCAAGAAUUCCCUAACACGACUAAUUGUCCUCAUCAUGACGACUCGUAAUAUAUUGAUUACAGGUGCUACAGGGAAGCAAGGUGGCUCAGCCAUCAAAGCUCUCCUGGAUAAUCCUCCGCCCUUCGACUUCCGCAUACUCGCUGUCACGCGCAAAAGCACCUCUAAAGCCGCAAAGGCCCUCGCUGCAAAUUCCAAGAUUGAAUUAAUCGAAGGCGAUUUACACGAUCCUCAAGCUAUUUUUGAAAAGGCAGGAGGGGUAGGAGCCGUAUGGGGUGUGUUCUGUGUGACAAUCCCAUCGAUGAAGAAGGGGGAUGAGCAGCUUGAGAUGGCACGAGGGAAGAAACUGAUCGAUGCUGCCAUGAUGCACGAUGUUAAACACUUUGUUCUCUCUUCCGUAGAUCGCGGAGGACCUGGAAAAUCAGAUUUUAAUGCUACGGAUGUCCCACACUUUGUCACGAAGUACUGGACCGAGAAACAUUUGAUUGAGAAUACCCGAGGCAAGAACAUGACUUAUACUAUUCUGCGGCCGGUCGCGUUCAUGGAGAACCUCACACCGACCUUUCCGGGCAGAGUCUUUGCGGCGAUGUGGGCAAACAUGGGCGACAAGGCCUUACAGAUUGUGGCCACAAAAGACAUUGGCGUGUUUGCCGCAAAGGCAUUUACAGGCUCGGACACGGAGGAAUACAAAAAUACUGCAAUCAGUCUGGCAGGAGACACUCUCACGCAGUCGCAAGCCAACCAGAUUUUCUGGAGAGCUCUUGGACGGCCGAUGCCAGUCUCCUAUGGGUUCAUGGCCAGCUUGCUACAGUGGAUGGUACCCGAGUUAGGGACAAUGUUCCGCUGGUUCGUCGAACAUGGGUACGGUGCUGACGAGGUUCAGUGUCGCAAGCUAAACAAGGAUAUGCUGAAUUUCGAAAGUUGGAUGAUCCAGGAAAGCGGAUUCAAGAGGUAAGGUGGAGAGUCGUUUGAUGCGCUGGAUCAUCGCAUGACAGUUGUGUCGAACACACAAUACUCCGCUCCGAUAUACCUCUUCUUGCCCGACUUGCUCGCGGCUUCGAGCAACAGUCAGGGUCAAUUUGUACAUAUAUAACACGUGAGACGGCACCAUUCGCUAUUGAAUAGCACGUUGUUCAGACCUGAUAUUGAGCACACCAUAUUCUGCUCAGAUCUAGAUACCUCGAAUCUUGCAUCCUUUGCUGCAUCAUCAGCCGAGAUCUACGUCACUGUUGAG